AUGUUUCGAUCCAUUCUUGGUGGAUGCCUCCUGUUCUGCGCCCUGGUUGCUUGGAGCGGCACUCUCUUCUACUUACAGGGCGACUCUCUGACGGCCUGGUUCGACUCGGCCGGCAGCCGGAGCUCCGGAAUCAUGUCCAUGUCCCACGACGAGCCGCAGCAGGAGCUGGAUUACGAGCCCACGCGGGUCGACAUCACGACGCUCACCCCGCGGAUGCCGCUGAGAAUCGUCUCCUUCAACGUCCGAUACGCCACGUCAAGCCCGGUCCGGGGCGAGAAGCCGUGGAGCGUGCGAGGAUCCAAGCUGAUCAACGAGCUCAACUUCAUCACCGCCGGCCAUGAAAACGCCUUUCUCUGCUUCCAGGAGGUCCUGUACGACCAGCUCCAGGAUAUCCGACACGGCCUGGGCCCCUCAUGGGCCUCCAUCGGCAGAGGCCGCGACGACGGCGAGAAGAAGGGCGAGUUCUCCCCCGUCUUCUACCGCUCCGACGUCUGGCGCCUCGAGCGCUCCCAGACGCGCUGGCUGAGCGAGACGCCCGAGAAGCCCUCGUACGGCUGGGGCGCGAGCCACCGCAGAGUCGUCGUCAUGGGCGAGUUCUCCCACAAGGUCACCGGCACCAAAGUCGUCGUCAUGAGCACGCACUUCGACUACGAGCACAAAAAGGCCCGCCAGCACAGCGCCGAGCACCUCCUGCAGUACGCCCGCGAUUGGAGCUCCGGCAACGACACCUCGGCCGUGCUCAUUGGCGGCGACUUCAACAGCACGCCUGAUGACGUGGCCUACAAGCUCAUGACGGCGCCGGGAUCUGGCAUGUACGACAUUUCGGAUCUACUGCCCGAGGAGAAGCACCACGGGAACCGCUUGACGUACACCAGCUUUGGCGAGCCCAACGAGUGGCCGCAGCGAAUCGACUUCCUCUUCAUCCAGGAGCCGGUUACCGCUCUUGUCAAGACGUUUAGCGUGGUGGAGAACGUCUUUGACGACCGGAUCCGCGUGUCUGAUCACAGGCCCGUUGUGUCGGACUUGGAAAUUGUUGUCGACCCUUCAGCGUGA